AUGGGAGUCGGAGUAGAGGUCCUCAGUGAGAACGAGGGAUGGUGGGAUGCCGAUGGGCUGGACUGCGAGAGGGAGGACUCCGAGGAGGACUCGUGCUUCGAGGUCUCUGAGGAGAUCGGCUCCAAGCUCUCCGGAAUGUCCCUCGAUCCGUCCGGUGGUCUCCGGUGAGCGGCGGCGCUCGAUCCUCGUUCUUGGAUUGUUUUUUUCUUGCACCGCUGUUCUUUUAUUCGGUUUUAUGCGAUCGAUCGCGGCCAGAUAUCGCGGGAAUGCCGACUCCGGGAGUGAACAGAUGACGCCCGAAGAGAACCCGCAGCUGAACGAGAAGGAGACGGAAUGCUUCGACCGAGUGGAAAAGAUGAUCAAAGGUUGUUUCCCUCUUCCCAAUUAGAAUGAUUCGAACCUUGACGAGGCCGGGGUUCGCAAGCCACUGUCCUCUUUGCGUCGAUCUUGAUAUGCUUUGGCGCAUCGGAAAAAUUUAGGAUCUGCUAAGGGUGGCAGAAUCUGGCCAGUUUUACCUCGCGUUUUAUGAGAGAGAUAAUCUGGUUGAUUUCGCAGAAUCUGCUAAGGGCGAGUGGCACGAUCAGGUCGGAUGACCGCAGAACUGACGAAGCCAUCGAAAAUUUUCUGCACAGACCUGAUCAUUUUAUCGCGGAAUAACGAAUAAAUCUUCAUGAUCGUGGCAGGUGGCAGGGUGGACGAACUGAAGAUCGACGAAUGCAAGCUGUAUUUGAGGAAGUAUGCCCUCAGAUUGUCGGGGAAUAAAAGCGUUCUUCAGGCACGCAUCAAGGAGCAUCUAGAGUGAGUUCUUGUUGAUUUCCUCUCCGAACGCGGCUCCUCUGUUACGUUUUACUUUAUCCCGUGCGCUGCUAGUUCGAUUUCAGUGCCUGAUAAUAUAAUAUAGUUCCUGCUUGUGCUGUUGAUUUGAAUGAACCCAAGAUCUGGGUCUGCGCGUUCCUCUGGUCUAAGAGUGUUCUUGGGCGAUGAACCUCUGCAGGGUCUCAGAAGGAGGUGGCCUGAACAAGUAUCCCGUAUCCAGCUUCGUCUUGAAUUGCAGAGGUCUGAAUUGCGUCCUCACUCCCAUUAAAAAUCAGCUGCUUGUCUUAGCUCGUUUGUUCCCUUGCCACAUGCAGGCGAUGCGUGCACCGGAGAUGUCGUCAUGUUUGAGCAACAAGGGUACGACUCUCUCUCUCUCUCUCUCGUCAGCAGUUGGAUGGGAGUAGAAUAGUGAAGUUGACCAUUUGAAUGGCUGGGUUUUUCUCUCCCUUCUGAUUCGAAUGCAUUGCCAAAUUUAGGGCUGUACCGAGGACUGUCGCCGGUCGUAUCGUGAAGGAAAGCUAUGGCGCAGCGAAGCAGCAACACACCUUCACGGUUCUCUCUCUCUCUCUCUCUCUCAUCAAGGGCAAAUUGAUACGCCCAUGACAUGAUCUGACCUUCCUUUUGGAUGGGUAGAUUGAGGUGCUGUGGAGCAGGGGAGUGAAGCCACUGCCCGCUCUCCAUCCUCUCCUCAUCAAGGGCAGGAACCUUUACCGGCUGAAGACGACGAGACAGGUUCAUGAUUCCAUCUCUCUCUUUCUCUCUCUCUCUCGUUGGCUUCCGUGGUUCAGUGCAUUUGCCGACUGGUUUUCGUGGGUGCAGGUAUGGGGCGACGAAGAGGAGAGACGGAAGGUUCUGCGGGAGAAGCACGGUAGAGGGGAUGCCGCAAGGUGCUCCAGGGAUUCGAGGAUCCGCGAGAAGGAAAUGAGGGUGGCCGCACGGAUACGGUUCUCUCUUUCCCUUCCGGCACAUUUUCAUGCUCCGAUUAUUAUUCUCUGAACUCGCAAAGAUCUUCGGAAGCCAUUGAACGUUUCUCCGUCGCCGCCGCAGUGCUAAAGAACGCUGGAGCAGCAGCAGUUGCAUCUUACAAGAGAAGAGAGAGAGAGCUCCGUUGAAUCAAGCUGGCACAGAAGUUCUUGAAAACCAGAGAAGGUUCAAUCAUAAUCAUCAUCUUCUUCACCGCCCAGAACUCAGAAGCCAUGGAGGCGGUCGCCUGGUCCGUCCCUCGGAAGAACAUGAUGCGAUGCAGAGAUCUCUGAAGCCCCUCGGAACACAACCAGAGCACAGGCAUCACUUUCGUGCUGAUCACCAAGGUGGAAGGACAAUCCUGGAUUCACUAUCGUCCUCUUCUUCUUCUUCUUCUUCUUCCAUACUAGUCGGCCCGCCGAGGGGGGCGCCGAGGAGCUCGAAUUCCCCUUCGAGAAGGGAUCCCUUGCCCCAGAGACCUAUGUGCCGAUUUCAUCUGCAGGGGAGAUGCCGGUACGGAGAUUCCUGCAAAUACCAGCACGCGGAGAACGGAAUGCGAGGAGGUUUAUGCAGCUAUCGCUGA